AUUUUUUAAUGAACUGAGUUCCUAUUUUCUUCGAAUUAAACAUGUGCCUCGUUCUAGUGUCUAACACUUCAUCGCAUAGCAUUAAAACACACUAAACACUUUUUGUGAAACCGACACAAUGUCGGUAUUUAGACAUUCUUUCAAGAUUCCUUUGACAACUAGGGCCAAGCUAAUCAAUCGGAAAGUGUCUCAAUUUUGCUGAAAAUAUCGAAAAAACGGCAGUUAAAAGUCAUAAAUUGGUCUUCCGAGGUGCUGCCGCGGAUCCGUUUUUUGCCAUGCUGGGAAGGGUCAACUUCGAUAAGAUGUGGUAGUCAGCGAAGACACUUAACCCGAGCACCAGCUUCGUCUGCGCCAGAAAGAAACCAAAAUGAAGAAUCUUGUUGUGUUCGGAACAAACGCCCACCCAGAGCUUACAAAAGCCAUUUGCUCACGUCUUUCUAUUCCAGUUGGACACGUGGAAUUGGGUCAAUUUAGCAAUGGUGAGACGUCUGUCAAGGUCAAACAGUCUGUUCGUGGCUGCGACGUUUAUAUCAUCAGUCCUGCUGCAGGUGACGUGAACGAUCAUUUCAUGGAAUUGCUCAUUUUGAUUUCUGCUUGCAAGACUGCUUCAGCUAAAAAAGUUACCGCUGUCGUUCCAAUCUUUCCCUACAGCCGUCAACCCGAUCAACGUUAUUCCAGUGCUGGAGCCCCCGUGCAGGCUAUGAAUCAAUUGUCGAUUACCAAAUCUGCACCUGCUCCCGUUACUGCAUACCGUGAGUGGAUCGCCCAAUCCGGUACGCUGGUUGCCGACCUGUUGAUGUGUUCUGGCGCGGACCAUAUCAUCACUAUGGACUUGCAUGAUGCCCAGUUCCAGGGCUUUUUUGAUGUCCCUGUGGAUAAUUUGUAUGGUCGUCCCUUGCUUGAGCGUUACAUUUCGCUUCAUAUUCCCAAUUAUCAAGACGCUGUAGUCGUCUCUCCUGAUGCUGGUGGUGCCAAGCGUGCCACCGCUAUUGCUGACAGUAUGAUGAUGGAUUUUGCCCUUAUUCAUAAGAAUCGUCCUCAUGCUUUCGGUACUUCGUUGAUGCUUGUUGGUGAUGUUCGUAAUAAAGUUGCUAUCCUGAUCGACGACUUGGUCGAUACGGGAACCACACUUGUUCGUGCUGCAGAACUUUUGAAGGAGCACGGUGCUAGCACUAUCUACGCUCUUGUCACACAUGCCGUUUUGUCCGACAAUGCCUUGGAACGCAUAGAGAAUUCUAGCAUUGACAAGCUCGUUGUUACCAACUCUGCUCCCCAAGGUGAAACCGAAAAGGAUUAUGUUGAUGUCAUUGAUGUUGCUCCAGUGUUUGCCGAGUCCAUCCGCCGUAUUCACAAUGGCGAAUCUAUUUCUAUUUUGUACAAACGCAACAAUUUGCUUUACUAGUUAUGUUUGCUUUCUGGAAGCAUUCGGUUUCGUGCUUAUGGCGCUUAGCUGGCUGCUAGUUAUUGUCUUUUUGGGAAAACCACUUGUUUGCUGUCCUUCUUUGGUUUCUUUUGUAGAACAAUAAAAAAAUCUGUUUAGGGUGUUUCAAUACCGUCAGGUGGCUCACUUGUCUUUGUUACACAUGUUGAAUGAGAUUGGUAUUAAGUACAAAGGCAUUAGCAUGGAGAGAAAUGCA